CUUUUGGUCCCGACAAUUUUGUGGCUUCCAUUGCCCCACACUCUUCGUUUCUUCGUUGCACCUUUUCCCUACCACAACUUUCAUCGUCCCUCCCAUUGCUAUAUACUACCGCCAAUCUAUUGCAGUCAUCCUUAACUACUUCUUCUGUUAUGGACUCCGACAGCGACAUUAACUUUGACGACGUCUUUGGCGGCCCUCCGAUGUGGACGAGAUACACCUAUGGUGGUGGAUCUCAAAUGAAGUCUUGGGAGGAAACCAUGGUUUUCGGGGAGCCAAAUGAUCAUGAUGUUUUCAGGACAAGUACUGACGAGAGUGUCCGAUGGAGUUCUCCAAGCUUGCCUACCAAGAUGACCAAAGCUGUAGACACUCCUGUAUUUGGUUCAAGUGUGCAUACACAGAAUAACCAUCCAUAUAGAUUUUCAAGCCCAUCAACACAAAUUCUCAGAAACAAUUCAUGUCGAUCUGCUGGUCAAACGUUGUUAACCCGUGAAUCAUCAAGUAAGGAGUGGCUGUUCAAAAAUAAAAAAUCUAGUAAGGAGUCAGUAUACUCGACACGAUCCACAGAUGACCACAAGUCAAAGGCUAGAACAGGUUCUUCAGGCAUUGACUUUCACUUUUCUAUGCACAAAUGGGCCAAUGUAGGAGUACCAUCACUUAUGUCUCUUCAUCAAGGCACACAUCCUGGAAGUAGUAAAGUUAGUGUACUAUCAAUUGACAAUAUGCAAAAUUCUGGCUUCCCAAAUAAAGAUUUAUACGCGGAGAAACAACAAGUUAAAAGUUCAUUAUUACACGACGAGUUUGAAAGAAAAGGUUACGAAGAGGCUGGAACUAAGAAAAAGAUGAGUUCCAGUAACAAAGCCGAAGGUGUUGGAUCACCUAAAAACCAAGUUAAGGUUAUGCUCAAAGAUCUCUUCAAGAUGCCUAAUCAUGAAAGUCCUCCAAAAACCAAAACCAAAACCAAGACUAAGGUGAGCUCCUCUAUAUGGAAAACUGGAGCUAAAAAACGUAUUCAGGAAGAAGUCACUGAUAUCAUUUCAAAUCUGGAUACAAAUGUAGAAAUGAUGACGGAUGCUUUUAAAACAACAAGUUUCGCCUGUGAUUUGCCUGUAGAGUGUGUAAAAAUGGCCCAAGAUGCUUCAGUUACACUACCAUUGGAUAGUAGAGUGCCGGAUGAUUCGUUCAUGGUGAAGGAAGAAAUUAAGAGGUCCAAGAAGCAGAAAUUUGCACAAAACCGUACUAUUAGAACACUCGACGAUAUUGAUUUUCAGAAGAACGCCUCGCCAACUUCUGAUUCUAUUCCUAAAGGGUCUCAAGCUAGUGUUGAAACUAUAGACGAUCUCUCUUUUGAUAACUUCCAGGUAGAAGAGUUGGAACCUGUAGCAUCUGAGGCCAUUAUGGCUUUGGAUUCAAAGAUCCAUAUGUGGUCAAGUGGAAGAACAGGAAACAUUCGCUCACUGCUCUCCACUCUACACUUUGUUCUUUGGGCUGAGAGUGGUUGGAAGCCUGUUGCGCUCGUUGAUAUAAUAGAAGCAAACGCCCUGAAAAAAUCUUAUAAUCGAGCAAUGCUAUGUUUACAUCCCGAUAAGUUACAGCAAAAAGGCAUCGACUCACAUAAAAAGUACAUAGCCGAGAAGGUCUUAGAUAUACUUCAGGAGGCAUGGGAUCAUUUGAAUUGAUUUGGUGGUGCUACUGAUUGACUAUUUCAUUAUACAAGACAUUUGAAUAAAGAAGAUAGCUAGUUAUAUACAAAUAAGUUUUUUCCUUAGAAAAACUUUGAGAUGUACAACUACCUGUAAGCAUUAUAAGUUGUAUAUUGUGUAAUAAUAAAAUAUUAAUACAUUGGUAAAUAAAA